AUGGAUCAGCCCAGGCGAAAAGGAAUCAGUAUCGCGAUCGAUAGAGGCGGUACAUUCACAGACUGCGUGGGCAAUCCCGGUACAGGACGCUUGGAAGAUGACAUUGUGAUCAAAUUGCUUUCGGAAGAUCCCAACAACUAUGAAGAUGCCCCCUGGAAGGGAUCCGCCGUAUAUUGUCUAGACAUCCGUAUGGGGACAACCGUCGCAACUAACGCCCUGCUCGAGCGUAAAGGAGAAAAGAUUGCUCUCGUGGUCAGCAAAGGCUUCCGUGAUUGCCUGCAGAUUGGAAAUCAAUCUCGCCCUCGCAUAUUUGACCUUGCCAUCAAGCGACCCGACGUGCUGUAUGAAGAAGUCGUGGAGGUAGAUGAGCGAGUUACUCUGGAGGAUUAUGCAGAGGAUCCACAACGCAAUGUGACAACCACAGCUCCGCGGGAUCAAUCUCAGUCUAAUGCGCAGGUUGUCCGGGGACUUUCGUCCGAGGCAAUUCGCAUCCUCAAACGCCCCGUCGAAGCGACGGUGAGGUCACAACUGCAGCAAGUGUACGAUCGCGGCAUUCGAAGUAUAGCAGUAUGUCUCAUGCAUGGAUACACGUUCCCCGACCACGAGGCAUUAGUCGGCCGACUGGCUACAGAGAUUGGCUUCCAUCAUGUGAGCCUGAGCCACCAGCUCAUGCCGAUGAUCAAACUCGUCCCAAGAGCCACUUCAGCCUGCGCGGACGCAUAUCUGACCCCGACAAUCAAGAGGUACAUUUCGGGGUUCCAAGCUGGCUUCAACAGUGGUCUUGGGAGCGAGAGUGUUAAAAACGAGAAAGGCUCUCGAGGCGCACGUUGCGAAUUCAUGCAAUCGGAUGGCGGCUUAGUUGACGUCGACCAAUUCUCAGGUCUCCGGGCCAUCCUGUCUGGACCAGCUGGUGGAGUGGUCGGAUAUGCGUUGACUUCAUACGACCCUGUAUCCAAAAUCCCCGUGAUAGGGUUCGAUAUGGGUGGAACGAGCACCGAUGUGAGCCGAUAUGGGUCAGGCCGCUACGAACAUGUCUUUGAAACUACGACGGCUGGGGUCACCAUUCAAUCCCCUCAGUUGGACAUCAACACAGUAGCCGCCGGUGGUGGCUCCAGACUGUUCUUCCGCAACGGGCUCUUUGUUGUUGGCCCCGAGUCAGCGGGAGCUCACCCGGGACCUGCGUGUUAUCGCAAGGAUGGCCCGUUGACCGUCACCGAUGCUAACCUUUUCCUUGGUAGACUGGUCCCUGACUUCUUUCCCAAGAUUUUUGGUCCAGAUGAGAACCAAGGCCUUGAUGAAGAGGCCAGCCGGCGUCUUUUCGAGCAAUUAACACAAGAAAUCAAUCAGGAGUUAUCACAAGGGGAUCAGAACAAAGAAAUGACACCCGAUGAGGUGGCAUUCGGGUUUAUCAAGGUUGCCAACGAGACGAUGACUCGACCUAUUCGGUCUUUGACCGAAGCCAAGGGGCAUGAUACUUCGAAGCAUAGGCUGGCGACCUUUGGGGGUGCUGGUGGACAGCAUGCAGUGGCCAUUGCUGAAAGUCUGGGCAUUCGACAAAUCCUGAUUCAUCGGUAUUCAUCCGUGCUUUCUGCAUACGGAAUGGCGCUAGCCGACGUGGUCGAUGAAACCCAAGAGCCAGAAUCCAAAACCUGGCGCGAUGAGCCAGGCUUACGCCAGGAGCUUGCACAUAGACUUGAAGAGUUGAAAAAGAGAUCUACAAAAAGGCUACAAGACCAAGGCUUCAAUGAUGAAUCCAUUGUUUUCGAAGAAUACCUGAACAUGCGAUAUCGGGGCACGGAAUCAGCCCUUAUGAUUUUGAAGCCCAGCAAGGAAGACGCAGAUGCGGCCUUUAAUGGUGAUGAGUGGGCCUUUGGCAAAGCAUUUAUCCAACAGCACGAGCAAGAAUUCGGUUUCACCCUACCUGACCGUGACAUCAUCGUGGAUGAUGUGCGUGUGAGAGGUAUUGGCAAGAGCUUCGAGGCUUCUGAGAAGACAGUUGAUCAACAGCUCCAGGAGUCAAAGCCUAAGGAUGUGGUUGGCCACGAAUACCGAACCUCCCAGGUAUACUUCGAAGGUGGGCGACGCGAAACACCCAUCUACAAACUCGACGACUUGCAGAUCAACGAUCGUGUGAAAGGACCAGCUAUUCUUGCCGAUGAGACACAGACCAUUGUGGUCACCCCUGGAGCCUCCGCCCUUCUAACUAAAACCCACGUCGUUAUCAAUAUCGGAGACUCCGAUGCGAGUGCCCCCCAAAUCAGAACCGACACGGUAGAUCCGAUUCUACUAAGUGUCUUUUCGCACCGUUUCAUGGCCAUUGCAGAGCAGAUGGGCCGCGCGCUGCAGAAAACGAGCGUGAGUACCAAUGUCAAAGAACGCCUCGAUUACUCGUGCGCAUUAUUCGAUCCGGAUGGCGGAUUAGUUGCAAAUGCGCCUCAUCUACCGGUUCAUCUGGGGAGCAUGUCGACCUGUGUCCGGAUACAAGCUCAGCUUUGGCGUGGCAAACUUCAACCGGGCGACGUGAUUGUCUCGAACCACCCUGAAUUUGGUGGCACACAUCUGCCGGAUAUCACUGUCAUCCAGCCUGCUUUUAGCAAGGGCAAGAUCAUUUUCUAUGUUGCCUCGAGGGCACACCAUGCUGAUAUCGGCGGUAUCUUGCCUGGAUCAAUGCCACCGCACUCGAAAGAACUAUACCAAGAAGGGGCCGCCAUCAAAAGUGAGAAGCUGGUGUCGGAAGGCAAAUUUAACGAAAAGCGGAUCACCGAGUUAUUGUACAACGAGCCGGCCCAGUACCCCAACUGCAGUGGGACUCGCUGUCUUGCAGACAACCUGAAUGACCUCAAGGCUCAGAUAGCCGCCAACAAAAAAGGAAUCAACCUGAUUAAUGCCCUGAUCGAGGAAUACGGCGAGGAGGUCGUGCUUUUCUAUAUGCAUCAAAUCCAAGAUAAUGCAGAGCUCAGUGUGCGCAACCUUUUGAAAGAAGUCAGCCAAAAAUUUGCAGGCCGAAAUCUCAGCGCGGUUGACUACAUGGACGACGGCACCCCGAUCCAGUUGAAGAUAUCGAUUGACGCAGACAAAGGAGAAGCGGUAUUUGACUUUGAUGGAACUGGUCCAGAGGUAUAUGGUAAUAUCAAUGCUCCGGAAGCAGUCACCUACUCGGCGAUCAUUUAUUGUCUACGAUGUCUGAUUUCAGCCGAUAUUCCUUUGAAUCAAGGCUGCUUGAAGCCGAUUCAUGUCCGCAUACCGCCGAAGAGUCUCUUGUCGCCAUCUGAGUCUGCAGCGGUCGUAGGAGGAAACGUUCUGACGAGUCAACGAGUCACCGAUGUGAUCCUAAAAUGCUUCCAGGCCUGCGCUGCCUCGCAAGGAGACACCAAUAACCUGACCUUCGGGUUUGGAGGCAAUCUACAAGGCGAAACCGAAACCAAAGGCUUUGGUUACUAUGAAACCAUUGCAGGUGGCAGUGGAGCAGGCCCAGAUUGGGAGGGUACAUCAGGAGUACACACCCAUAUGACCAAUACACGAAUCACGGACGCAGAGGUCUUCGAACGACGAUAUCCCGUUCUACUUCGAGAGUUCAGUCUCCGGGCCAAUUCCGGAGGCGCUGGUCAGCACCGUGGCGGAGAUGGUGUAAUUCGAGACAUUGAAUUCCGCACCCCCGUGCAGGUUUCCAUCCUCUCUGAGCGUCGAGUUUAUCAUCCUUACGGCCUGGAGGGAGGCGAGGAUGCCCAAUGUGGCCAGAACCUUUGGGUACGGCGAGUCCAGAAAGCCGACGGAAGCUGUGAGGAGCGACGCAUCAGUCUAGGGGGGAAGAACUCGGUCCAAAUGCAAGCCGGAGAGCGAAUUAUCAUUCGCACUCCUGGUGGAGGAGGAUGGGGCCGAGUUGGAGAUCAGCACCAGCUUGUCCAUGAAAUAGAUGCUCGUCAUGCCUGGCGAGGCGGCUCCCUGGCCACUCGUUUGGCAACGCAGGAAGCAAGCAUGUGA